AUGCUGACAAACCUCAAUGUUUUAUACAAUUUCGAUGAAAAACAUACAGCCAAAGAACAUUUCAAUUUGUAUCAAGAUGGACAAAGGGCACCUGAGAUCAUGAUUAAUAUAUUACUGCAUGGAACCUCGAAAUAUAAUAAAAUCAGAAGACUUAAAGAAGAAGGCAAAAAAGAGGAGCAGGAAGAAAAAGAGGACAAGAAUAAGCUUAAGAAAGGCGAAGAAAAGCAAAUCGAGAAGGGUAAAGAGAAGCAGCAUGAAAGGAAUGGCAAGUGGAAAUCUUCGGAAUUUGUUCUUCGCAGAGCUUGGAACUUAUGGCUAUUUUAUAUUAUAUUCAAACAAGCAGGCUUCCUACCAUAG